UCGUAGGCGUGGCCACUGGUGAGGUGCCUGUGUCCCUGCUGGCACAGAGGGGGCUUGGCACCCUGCCCUGCUCCUGUCUUGGCCUGGGCAGGGCCAGCGGGCAUCCUGAGGGCUGCCUGCUGGUGUGCCCAGCCUGGGGAGGGUGCCCCGGGGCCAUGGGUGAGUGGCUUGCUGUUCAUCUGUGUGCCUGCCUGUCCCUGUCCCCUUAGGCUCGGCUGCUUGUCUUAGUGCUCUGAGUGUGUGUCUUCCUGUGUGCAGGUCUGUCUGCUGAGCUGUGUGCCCAGCCGUCUACCGUCUGCACCGAGUGCCGGGGCACAUGUGCCUUUGGUGUGAUCACUCUAGUGUUGGGCUCCAGUAGCACCCAGGUCCACACCCGGCCCCUUGUGCUGUGGUGGGGGAACCCCACUGGGUAGAUGAGGAAACUGAGGCUCAGAUGGGGGACCCAGUGAGGCUCCCCACCGAGUGUAACUGCUCUGGAAGGCCUGCAACACCCUCCAUCCACAUGGGGGCCUACUGAUGUCACAAACAGGAAAGACUCCCGGAAGCUGUGCUUUGUGGCGAGGGGAGGCAGGCAGCACCUGGUGUUCCCGUGUCAGGCACUGGUCAGUGCUGACUCUCUGGGAGGGGCGAGGGUGUGCGGGGUGCAGGCUGUGGGCAUUUGGAUCAGAGUCCAGUGGGGGGCCAGGGCUGGCCAGGUCUGCAGGUCCCGCUGAAGGCACUGGCCUGGGUCAUGGUCAGAGGCUUCAGGAGUCCUGAGAGGUCAAGGUCACUGCACUCCUGCCGGCCGCCCCCAGGGCAGGCAGGGCAGAGGCAGAUGCCCUGGGGCAGAGCAGCCAGAUGCCUGCAGGAACGAGCUGCCCACCCCCAUUUCACAGAGGGGAAGGCGAAGGCCAGGCUGAGCUGCACCCCAGCUUGGAGGGGUCCAGAGGGGACUGAGGCCAGCGUCUCUCUGGGGCAGCAGGGCUGGUCAGGAUGUGGGGCCAGGGCGGGGGCUGGGUGUGGAGAGGCAGAGGGCCAGGCUGAGGCCAUGGCUGCGAGGUGACGCUGGCGGGAGGGGGCCCAUCAGAGGAGGGGCCUGGGGCUGGGAACCAGAAGGCACAUUCCACCCGGAGCAGAGGCAGCCAGCAGGGCUCUGGAUCUGUCCCCAGGAGGAGCAGGAGCUGAGAGAGUCCAGGAACCCGGGACGGCCACGCGCCCACCCGAGUUCCAGAAGCUCAGCCCUCAGAUUCAGGAACCCGAGGCCUCUGGACUCCAGAACCAGGGCCCAGGAGAACUCCAGAACCCAGAGCUCUGGCUGCAGGCGCUCAGGCCCCGCCCCUCCGCAGGACGCAGAAAACGUCCCCUGGUGUCCCCUGAGGAGGGGCCCUGGCCUGAGCCCUCGAGAGCCCUGGAGACGGUGUGCCGCCCCAGCGCCCGCCGGCCGGCCUGCAGCCUGCGCCUGAUGGGGUGGUGACGCGGCUCCAGCGCCAUGUGGUCCAACAGCAGCGUCCUGGGGCCCUGCUUCCGCCCCACAAACGCCACGCCCGAGGAGCGUCGCCUGGUGGCCUCUCCCUGGUUCGCGGCCUCCUUCUGCGCCGUGGGCCUGGCCUCCAACCUGCUGGCGCUGAGCGUACUGGCCGGCGCGCGGCAGGGCAGCUGCUGCCCGCGGUCCCCCUUCCUCAUCCUGCUGGGCGGCCUGGUCCUCACCGACUUCCUGGGGCUUCUGGUCACCGGAGUCCUCGUGGUGUCCCGGCACGCCGCGCUCUUCGACUGGCGCACGGCGGACCCCGGCUGCGGCCUCUGCCACUUCAUGGGCGUGGCCAUGGUCUUCUUUGGCCUGUGUCCCUUGCUGCUGGGGGCCGCCAUGGCCUCCGAGCGCUACCUGGGCAUCACCCGGCCCUUCUCCCGCUCGGCGGCCGCCUCGCAGCGCCGCGCCUGGGCCACCGUGGGGCUGGUGUGGGCGGCGGCGCUGGCGCUGGGGCUGCUGCCCCUGCUGGGCGUGGGCCACUACACCGUGCAGUACCCCGGCUCCUGGUGCUUCCUCACGCUGGGGCCGCAGCUCGGCGACGCGGCCUUCGGGCUGCUGUUCGCGCUGCUCGGCGGCCUGUCGGUCGGGCUGUCCUUCGUGCUCAACACCAUCAGCGUGGCCACCCUGUGCCACGUCUACCACGGGCAGGAGGCCGCCCAGCAGCGCCCGCGCGACUGCGAGGUGGAGAUGAUGGUCCAGCUCCUGGGCAUCAUGCUGGUGGCCAGCGUCUGCUGGAUGCCGCUGCUGGUCUUCAUCGCCCAGACGGUGCUGCAGAACCCGCCUGCCAUGAGCCCGGCCGGGCAGCUGUCCCGGACCACGGAGCAGCAGCUGCUCAUCUACCUGCGCGUGGCCACCUGGAACCAGAUCCUGGACCCCUGGGUGUACAUCCUGUUCCGCCGCGCAGUGCUGCGCCGCCUGCACCCGCGCCUCAGCGCCCGGCCCAGGUCCCUCUCCCUGCGGCCGCCGCCGGCCCAGGGCGCCAGGCUGCAGUAGGGCCAGAAAGGACCGGCCCCCAUAACCCCGUCCCCUGUCACCUGGCACCCGCCUGUCCCCAUGGCCCAGGAGCUGGGGCUCCGAGUGGACCGCGGACCAGAGCCGCGGGAGCAGGGGCCGCCCUCUCUGAGGUCCCCUUCUCCCCAGCAGGGGCCAGGAGCAAGGCUGGGGGAGCUCAGAACGCGGGGCUCCCCUUCCCGAAACCCCCGCGGAGGUGCGGAAGCCGCGGCCGAGGACCUGGACGCUGGGGGCCGGGGGCUCCCUCCGAACCCCGCCUAAGGAGGCUCUGCCUGGGGUGUGAGCGGGGACCCCCUUCAUGCCGAAAUAUAUCUCUGGGCCCUGC